AUGACAAUUGAUUUGCUUUACGAGGUGCAGCGGUUGUACCAGUCCGAAGUGAGACAGGACUCUACAUCCAUGGAGCUAUACAAUAUGAUACGGGCCAGCCACCAGAGGAUAACGCUGUCGCAACUCAGAUCUGUUCUGAUCAACAAGGAUGGAUCGAAUUUUUCAGAUUCUACGGUGAAGCUGAUACUGGACAUGUUUGGGAAAAGCAGUUUUGAACAAUUGGAGUAUCUGGAGUUCAUACAGGUGUCGCAGUAUCUGUUGGGGUAUCUUCGAGUAUUCCAGACCGUGGAUCUUGACAGAUCGGGAUCGAUAUCCUUGCAAGAAUACUCGAAGGCGUUACAGAUUUACAAGUUUGGUCUUUUUCAGGACACAAUUGAUGAGAUAUUCGUCCAGUUUACGAGCUCUAAAUCUGUUUCCAUGAACUUUGAUCUAUUCCUGGAGAGCAUGGUGUGGUGCUUGAAAAUAUUGCAAUCUUUCAGCAAAUACGAGUUGCCGAAUUCUUCCAAUGCAGUUUUGUCCCUGGAUGAUCUGUAUGAACAGGUUGUGGGAUUUUCGUCGUUAUGA